GCUAAGCUAAGCUAAAUGCGUCCUGGACAUCUGUAUCUAUGGACAGAGACAAGAUGGUUUGGAAAAUGUUCCUGCUGCUUAAUGUUCAUAGACAUUUGUAACAUUUGUUCAGCUCUUGUCAAUGUCUAGUCACUAGCUAAAUUAUUGUGAAAGGCUUAACCGGACGUCCAGCGUUUAAUCGUGUCUAGCUUAACUUUCCAUGGUGAGAUGGCCGUGGAGUCUCUGCUGAAUCCUGUGAAGUCGAAACGGGCUUUGUGGACAGACAGCAGGAGGCGAGAAAACCCGCCGCAGUCCGCUCCGACCUCCAUUUUAAAAAAGUAAUAACGAUGAGCAGCCUGAAUCCUGGAAACCCCGAAAACUGCUGAACAUCCAAUCAACACUACUGAAUACUGGAGACUAGCCCUGGACAGGUUAGUGUUGUAGCUGUGUGGCCGGGCAGCCUGACUGCCUACCAGCCUCCAGAUGAAUGAAGAGCACUCCGGGACUCAGAGACACAGCUGAUGCAGGGCAUGUAGGUGUUUCUGCAAAUAUGAUGAAGAAAAAGAACACUCAUAAGAAACAUAAGAGCAGUCUGGGUCCAACCACCAAAGUUCUGUCGCAGCCACGACGCAACCUCGUCGGCUGCAGGAUCCAGCACGUCUGGAAGGAAGGAGGAGGACAUGUGAUCUGGAAAGGAACAGUGCUCGACCAGGUGCCAGUGAACCCGUCUCUCUAUCUGAUAAAGUAUGAUGGUUUUGACUGCGUUUAUGGUCUGGAGCUUCAUAAAGACGAGAGGGUUCAGGGGCUGGAGGUGCUCCCUGACAGACUGGCUAAAUCCCGUCUAACAGACGUCAACCUAGCGGACACCAUGAUAGGAAAAGCGGUGGAGCACAUGUUUGAGACAGAGGAGGGUCCGAAGGAGGAGUGGAGGGGGAUGGUGCUGGCCCGGGCUCCUAUCAUGACCACCUGGUUCUACAUAACCUACGAGAAAGACCCUGUCCUCUACAUGUACCAGCUGCUGGACGACUACAAGGAGGGAGACCUCCGCAUCAUGCCUGACUCCAAUGACAGCGUCCCGGCGGAGAGGGAACCUGGCGAGGUAGUGGACAGCCUGGUGGGUAAACAGGUCGAGUACGCCAAAGAGGACGGCGGCAAACGAACGGGCAUGGUAAUCCACCAGGUGGAGGCCAAGCCCUCCGUCUACUUCAUCAAAUUUGACGAUGACUUCCUCAUUUACGUCUACGACCUGGUCAAAACUUCAUAAGACUCUGCAGACGUCCUGAGCCCCUCUCUUGACUUGACAGAAACAAAAAUGCAGCACAUUUUGAAACACCUGAAGCAUUCGUUCAAACACUUGUUCCUUGUACCAUCAAAUACAAAAACAAAAGACUCGAGAAAAGAAUUCUUUCAGUGGAAAAGGACAGGAUAGAUGCUUUUUGAAAAUCGGCUUGUUCCUGCGUCUGGAAACAUUUAAGACGGAUUAAAAUUCAGCUUGGUGGCUUUGAAGACUCAUCUAUGACUUUCUGAGACCCUUAAAAUAGAAAAAAAGGGUCCUGGUUUUAAGUUACUCCUACAAGGGCCGGAAAAUUUUGAAUACCCCUUAAUACCUUUCUGAAAAAAUCAAAGGUUCCAAAAAUUCAGUCUUACUUUAGAAAGCAAACUAAACGUUUAAAUCAAUUUCAGUGUUUGAAUUCAUCCAGUGGGCUGGUUGCAGGGGACAUUUUUGGUCUUGGUGAUAUGGCAUAGCUAAUUCGAGAUUACCCCCUAGUGAUCAUGUCAUGGGAAAGUCUGAUAGUAGCCGACUCUGUGCUAAACAACAAGGAAACAAGAUAAGGACAGGUGGUCAGGUGGAGUGGUUGGCAGUGUGGCAACUAGAAGUCUUCAUUUGGAUACGUGACUUACAAAUCACAUAGUUUGGCUUAAUAUUUCAAAGGUUUGACUAUGUAAGCCAAAAUAUUUUACUGGGUAUAAUUAUGAUUUAUAAAAUCAUCAUUUUGAUUUAGUGAAUCGUAUGUCAAAAUCUUUACUUCUUUUUGAAUUAAAUAAUUACCUUGAUUUAUAAGUUCGUAAUUCUUUACCAAAAAGAUUAUAGUGUUUAUUAUGCCUAAGGGCAUCCCUUUUUCUCUUUUCCUGGCUGAAAUGGUCCUCCAUAUAAUUGAGAUCCAUAAGACAGGAAAAAAGAAAGUGGUCCCAGUCUAACCUAAACGUUGGACUUUAGAGACUUUCUGAAGGAAAAAACAGUAAAAUAACAUAACAUGGUAACCAGCAUAACAAUGCUAACCCACACAUAAAUAAGUAAAGGAACAGGUAGGAACCUAAAAAACAGGUUGUUUUUGUCACACUUAAGAAGGCACUUUGGAAAUAUCCCAAAACUGGUGGCCCUUUUGUUUGGAAUGAAGGUUAACUGAAGUGGGAUUUCUGUUCCGUUUGUUGUACAAAACAAAACAGAUUUCUUCAUCGUAAAUUGUGCUACUUACACAGGCUCCAUUUCAUCAACUUCAACUGAAUAUUAAUGAGGAGGGCAACAAACUGAUCUUUAAAAAAGCUUUUUCUUUUCUUUUUGCUUUUAUCAUUGCCGGAACCCGUCCUGUUGUGAAGUUGUUUGAUGUUGAAGACAAUCGGACAGCUUUUUCCUGUGAUUUCACUAAAGCCUUUGGAUUUGCUCUCGUGUUGUCUUUUCUAAGUCAUCAAUGAAGGAUAAGAAUGACUUAGCUGAAACUUGGCCAAAGCCCUUGGUGGCCUUGGCAGUUUGUUUGUAACAAGGUUAUUAACAUUAACACAAACACCUGGAAUUGCAAUUUCUUGAGUGGUUCUUCCUCCAUUUGAACUUCGUGUGGAUGUGAUGGAUUCUAAAUGUCACAAUCUGUUGAUUUAAGGAGCGGAUAACAUGGUUUAAUGCACCUUAAAUCCUGGGAGGAGAAGAUAAGAAUACUCCCUGGACAGUUCAUGAGUAUGUUGGACUUUAGAAGAAAAACAAAUACACAGACGUUUUUUUUUUUUUUUUCAGUUUGAAGGCGUCAGUGAGAAUUUUGAAGAUGUUAAGCAUUUAGAGCCUGAACAGUUCACUUCCAUGUCUGGGUUGAUAAAUGUAUUACUGUAACAAAUGUAAUCCCAGUUUGUUUAUACACACAAACCAAAAUAUUUUUGGGUCCUCAUGAUGUGAUCCAAUGCUUUCAUGGCUGACUGAAGAAACCAGAGGGGACACAGACAGUUGUGUUUAGUAUGUAAAGAGAUUAACAACCAGAGAAGGUUUAAAUUUCCUUUUUCACAAAUGUACAUUUUAUUUUAUUUGGAUAUACUCGAGACUGAAGGUUUGCCAUAAAAGUGUGUUCUGGACUGAAAAUGUAGUUUUGGGCAAAAUGACAAAAUAAGCAAAAUGUGCUAUGUGAAUGAGGGUUAGAGUUGAGCUGUUUAUACUGGUAAUUGACAGAUAUCCCAAAUAAAUUUGCUACUUUCAGCCAGCUACAAUUUAAGAAUACAAAGAUAUCCUUAUCCUUGUUGGUUCCUUUAAGGUACAAUGUGUAAGUAUUGAGACUCGUCUCCACCUGUCCAAUUCAUACUCCCCAAAAAAUAGGGGGCAGCAUAUCACAUAUCAGGUAAUAACUGCUGCUAACUGAGCUCAGUGAGCUGUGCAGCUAAUUUAGCAGUGGUAUAGUCCUGAAUGGGCACCAGAACCGGAACCAAGCUCUCGGUGAUCAAGGUCGGCUUGGGACUGAACGAGACCGACAGAGGCCAGUUUGAUGACAAAGAAUACUGUACUGAGGUGAUUUACAGCGGCUCUGACAAGGACUCUGACUCCAGGGUCAGGUGGGGAAGAGGAGAGGUGUGAGAGGGAGGUUGGGAAUCAGAGAGGCAGCCAUAGCAAGUAAAGCCAGAAUAUUUUCACAUCUAACUCUGUGAAUUAAGGGGUUAUUUUCACCAAACCAGACUUGGUGACAGUGGAAAGACUAACCAAGACGAGUUUUAAUUUGUUUCUGUCGAGUUUGAAUGAGAGAAACUUGAAUUCAGAAGGUGUAUAGUUGUAUUGUUUCUGUUUGCUAAGGAGAAUAGGUGUAAAAAUAUUUCCUUUCUUGUGACUUUAUUUUGUUUAUUUAUGACACUCAAAAAGCUAAGAGAGCUUGCGUAACUUGCUGCUCGCACACAUCUUGUAGGGCCUGAGCUAUCGGAUUUUCGCCUCUCGGGGCUGAAGUGGUAUUACAACACAGGACGGGCCAGAGCUAGCUGGUUAGCAUGCUAACUUCAGUAGAUAUCUCUGCAAAACAGUACAUAGACGUAUUUUACAUGACGUCAGAACUGUUACUACUUCACAUUCUGUUGAAUAUCUUCAUUUUCUUCAUUUUGUUAAUGUUUAUACUAAAAUUCUGUCCUUAUCUUACACAUUGUACCUUUUAAAGGUUUAUUACAAAAUAACUAAAUCUUAAUUAUGAAUGUAUGCUGAUGAUAUGUACGCAUCCAUAAUUUGCUGGAAUGAGGAAAAUAGGCUGAUAUUUACAAUUACAAAAAUGUUGAUUUUCCAUUUAUAACUAAAACUUAAUUUGUGGAUGUCAGUAUAGGUCAAGUUUUGGGGGUUUGGGCACUUAAUGCAACAGCUAUCAGUGAAUGUUUCCUGUCAUUUUAUUCUUCUCCCAAAACCUGUUAACAUAGGAGUGAAUGAGAAAAGAAACCAGUGAUGUAUGAAAAACCUUCAGUCAGUGUACUUCCUGUGAUGUAGUUAGUUGCCAAGGCAGAUUACAGCUCUUAUUAUAACCGCACAAAAAAAGACACUUUCCCAGAGAUCUGUUGGUUUCUGCACGUGUAUAUCUGUUUUGUUUUUCAUGAAUAAGAUUGUGGUCGUCUCAACAGGCACUAUUUCAAUUUGGUGAUGAUAUAACACAUUCUUACUAAGACUUGAUUUGCAGCAAAGUUAUGUCUAAUUUAGUCAUUUAGUUUAUUUCACUGUUAUAAUGAUAACCGGUAAAUGUUUGAAUGACAUGGGCCUUCUGUCAUCCUUCUGCCUUGUAUUGUUUGUUUUUGUAUGUUUUAAAAUGUAUGUUAAUAAUUUUUAUUGUUAAUGGAAA